GUGCGGUUCGCGAUGGCCAAUUCUCUCGACGUCCCGUUCCUGUUGCUUCUUCUAGCUUUGAUAAAUGGCUUUCUUAGGUGCGCCUCUACAAAUCCGGUCGUUUCAACUCCGUUGGGAAACCUUCGAGGAACCACAAUAAACACCAGGAAAGGAGCUACGAUUUCUGCUUUCCUUGGGGUUCGAUAUGCUGAAGCUCCGGUGGGAAAUCUAAGAUUUCAGCCACCAGUUCCUGCAAAACCGUUUAAAGACAUUUACGACGCCACAAAAAAUUCUCCUCAAUGUCCACAAAGUUAUUAUAACACCACUUCAGAGGAUUGCCUUUUUCUUAACGUUUACACCCGAUUAAAUAAUAAUAAUAACGAAAAGAAGCCUGUUAUGGUUUUUUUCCAUCCAGGAGGUUUUUACGGGGGUACAUCUUCUAGUGAUUCAUUUGGACCUCAAUAUCUCAUGGAUCAAGAUAUAGUUUUGGUUGUUCCGAAUUAUCGUCUUCAAACCCUCGGGUUUUUAGCAACGGGUACUAAAGAAGCACCGGGAAAUUACGGCCUUAAAGAUCAAGUUCAAGUUCUUCGUUGGAUCCAACAAAACGUUGCUUCAUUUUCUGGUGAUCCCAAUGAUGUAACGAUAAGUGGUUAUAGCGCUGGUGGGUUUAGUGUAACUCUUCAUAUGGUUUCACCGAUGUCAAAAGGAUUAUUUCAUAAAGCCAUCGCAAUGAGUGGUGCGGCUUUUGGACCGGUUCCAAUUGGUACAAAUUUGGAACGAUUGGCUAAAAGGCAAGGCGAAUUGGUUAAUUGUCCAAUUGAAAAUUUGGUUGAUUGUUUAAAAACGAAAAGUUCCGAUGAGUUAUCGAAAAAUCUUGCUGGUUUUGAUGAAUUUUUGCACGAUCCUUUAUGGCGGUGGACUUGGGUGAUUGAACCCGAUUUUGGGCAGGAGAGAUUUUUGGUUGAGCACCCGAUUAAGUCCGUGGUUAAUAAAAGAGUGCACGAUGUUCCUUUGAUGAUUGGGGUGACUAAAGAUGAGUUUGGUGGACAAUCUUUCAAUAUCGUUAAUAAUAAAACCGCAUUAAAAGAAUUCGAUGAUGAUUACAAAAAAAUUUGGCCGAUCGUUUUUGGUUACGAAAGAGAUUCGCAGUUAUCUUCAAACAUAUCCGAUGGUUUACGCAAAUAUUAUUUCCCCGAUAAUAAAAUUGAUGAAUCAAAGCGGCAAGGAAUCGCCGAUUUAUACGCCGAUAGCAUAAUUGGGUUUGGAAGCAAUCGAGGGGCUAAACUUUUAGCGCAACACCUCACCAAUAAAGUUUAUUAUUACAGAUUUAAUUUUAAACAUAGAUACUCCUUUUUUUAUCUGCCUGGAAGUAACGAUACAAUCCCUUAUGGUGUAUCACACCACGACGAAUUAUUGUAUCUUUUUUACAUCGCCCCGUUAACUCCAAUGUUUACCGAAGACCCUGAAAGCAAAAUCGUCGAUAUCAUGACAACGCUUUGGACAAAUUUCGUUAAAACUGGGAAUCCCAGCACGAAAUCUUACAAUUGGCCUGAAUAUAACUUAAAGGAUCAACAUUAUUUAGAUAUAAGUUUGAAUUUGAGGACUUUAUCUUCGAUGUUUGAGAAUCGUUAUAAAGUUUGGGAAAAACUUUUGCCGUUAUCUCAUUAUUUAAAUUGAAAAUUUGUUUAAAAUAUCUGCUUAAUAAAUAUGUUUAUUCUUAUCAGGA